GAAUAAGUCGUCUUUAGAAAAAUAACUUUCUCACCCUCUCUUUCUAGAAUUAGACACGACGCGCAUAACAUUUGGUGCCGCCCACCCUAGCUCUGUCAAGCUUUGGUUUCUUUUCCCUUCCCUUGGAAAGUCAAAUAAAUCAAACAAACAUCGACCAUAGCCUGUUGUCUCUAGCAAAGACUGCUCCGAUGAGUUCCAAUACGCCGUCGUCCAGCGCUGGAGGUGUUGGAUCCGCUGAUGCUGCUGCUCCUAGAAGAAAUUCCAAACGACCCAAAUAUUCUAAGUUUACUCAGCAGGAGCUUCCAGCUUGCAAGCCAAUCCUCACGCCGCGAUGGGUCAUAUCAGCCUUUUUGCUUGUUAGCAUUGUCUUCAUUCCUAUUGGAGUGGUUUCUCUCUUUGCCUCUCGAGAUGUCGUUGAAAUUAUUGAUCGGUAUGAAACUGCUUGCGUACCACAAAACUUCAGUAAUGAUAAGGUCUCUUUCAUACAAAGUGCUGUUGACAAAACAUGCAACAGAACAUUGACAGUUAAGAAGCUGAUGAAGCAGCCUAUCUAUGUCUACUACCAGCUUGACAACUUCUAUCAGAAUCAUCGGCGGUAUGUGAAGAGCCGAAGUGAUUCGCAGUUGAAAGAUAAUAGCAGUUGGAAUGAUGUUAGUUCUUGUAAGCCUGAAGAUAUGUCUAAUGACCAGCCAAUUGUCCCCUGUGGUCUUAUAGCUUGGAGUUUAUUUAAUGAUACAUACAAUUUCUCCCUCAACAACCAGCAACUGGCAGUGAACAAGAAGGAUAUCUCCUGGAAGAGUGAUAGGGACAAAAAGUUUGGGAAAGACGUAUUUCCUAAAAAUUUUCAGAAUGGAACUCUUAUAGGUGGUAACCGUCUUGAUCCAUCUGUCCCGUUGAGUGAGCAAGAAGAUCUAAUUGUUUGGAUGCGAACUGCUGCUCUGCCAACUUUUAGAAAGUUGUAUGGAAAGAUAGAACGGGAUCUCCAACCAAAUGAAGUCAUACAGGUGACGUUGCUGAACAACUACAACACAUAUAGCUUCAAUGGCAAGAAAAAACUUGUGCUCUCGACUACUAGCUGGCUUGGUGGAAAAAAUGACUUCCUUGGCAUUGCUUAUCUCACUGUUGGCGGGCUGUGCUUCUUUUUGGCUUUGUCUUUCACUGUUGUGUAUCUUGUCAAGCCAAGGCAACUUGGAGAUCCUUCUUAUUUGUCAUGGAACAGAAAUCCAGCAGGGCACUAAGCAAGAACAUGGAACCUCAUUACCUAUGGUUGAUGUAAUUUUGUGUUAAAUAUUUAAAAUGGCCAAUAUGUGAUUUGGGAUUGCAAAGUAUUUUAGUGCUUGUGUAAUUUGAACCAUGGGACACGACUUGUCAUCAGUAAUUUCUAUGUAUAAUUUCAGCAACAGCUCAAUACAAAGUUCAAGAAUUUCUUUAAUCAGCAUGGUUAUAUUUCUAAAAAAAA